AUGGCAGAAUUAAUGGCAAAUUUAAAAGUAGUGCGGGAUAAAAUUAAUAUUGCUUCUGCUAGAAGACCAUCAGUAUGUUAUAAGUAUUAUAUUUUCUAUAGUAAUGAUUAGUUUAGAAUUAUAUAGAUACAUUGUAUAAAAAUACAAAUAUGCUAAGAUACGUUCCAAAUAGUAAUAAAUUGUGUUUUUAACCUUUUUCCCGCAGGAAUACAAGUAUUUUGAGCCACGUUUAGUAGCUGUGAGUAAAUUCAAACCAGUUGAAUUAAUUGUCGAUGCGUAUAAAGCUGGUCAAAGACAUUUUGGGGAGAAUUAUGUCAAUGAAUUAAUAGAAAAGGGAAAUCAUCCAAGUAUUUUGGAAACGUGUACAGAUAUAUGUUGGCAUUUUAUUGGCCAUCUUCAACGUAAUAAAAUAAACAAGCUAUUAACUAUUCCAAAUUUGUAUAUUAUUGAAACAGUAGAUACUGAAAAAAUUGCAUCGGCAUUAAAUGCUGCUUGGUCUAAAUGUAGAACACAUGAAAAUUUGAAAUUAAAAAUAAUGAGAAGAGCGGUUGUGAAAGCACACAAGUUUGUUCUCUUGUUCAACAUAUUAUUGAUAACUGUACAAGCUUAGAAUUUGUAGGUCUUAUGACAAUAGGUAUGUUUGGAUAUGAUGUCACUAAAGGACCAAAUCCUGACUUUUUGUGUCUGAAAGAAUGUAGGGAAAAAGUAUCAAAAGAAUUGGGUAUCGAUUCAAAAAAGAUAGAAUUAUCAAUGGGAAUGUCAAAUGAUUAUGAACAAGCGGUAAUUUCAAUAAGAAUUGUUUUUGUACUCUUAUAAAAAUGUCAACAAUAUAUUAAAAUAUAAUACUGAUAUUAUGUAGGUUGAAUUGGGAAGUACCAAUGUUAGAGUUGGUACUGCUAUAUUUGGAGAAAGGCCAAAAAAGGAUACCUCAUGA